UUUUUUCCAUCGUAUAUAACAACCUCCAUCUGACUGAAAUAUAAGAAGUGAGAAGACUUGGGGUCUUGCAGAAGCAUAGAAAGCGUGCUACAUAACUACACUCUGUCGCUAAACCUUUUAUCGAAGUAAUCUCAUACGCAUUGAGUUCGCGUUUGAUUCAAAUGGAGCUCCUUCGAUCGAACCUCGCUCGUGUUCGAAUUCCUGAACCAACAAAUCGUAUCUACAAGCACGAAUGCUGCAUUUCUUUUGACACUCCUAAAUCUGAGGGCGGGCUGUUUGUUGAUAUGAACACCUUUCUUGCAUUUGGAAGGGAUUAUGUAGGUUGGAACUACGAGAAGACUGGGAACCCAGUUUAUUUGCACAUAAAGCAAACCAAGAAGACAAUUGCUGAAGAUAGACCAUCAAAAAGACCCACGCUUUUGGCUAUAGGUAUUGAUGGAGGGUUUGAUAAUAGUGAUCCCCAGUAUGAAGAAAGCUAUGAAAUUGUUAUAUUGCCGGAUUAUGUAGCCCUUCCUUUCCCUUCUGUGGAGUUGCCUGAGAAGGUAAGGUUGGCUGUUGAUGCUACUUUAAUGGCUGAAGCUGCUGAAAGGAAAGAGCAAGUUGCUUCAUGGACUGCUGACAAGAAGCUUGUCAGUAAAUAUGCCAUGGAUCUUCAGCAGCUCGACAAUGGUGUUGUUGUUCCUCCAAUGGGUUGGAAAUGUGCCAAGUGUGACAAGACCGAAAAUCUCUGGCUGAAUCUAACCGAUGGAUCUAUCCUUUGUGGUAGGAGAAAUUGGGAUGGAACUGGUGGUAAUGACCAUGCCAUUGACCACUACAAAGAAGCUGGUUACCCCCUUGCCGUAAAGCUAGGGACCAUAACUGCUGAUUUGGAGGGAGCAGAUGUUUUCUCCUACCCAGAGGAUGAAAGUGUUCUUGACCCACUUUUAGGACAGCAUCUGGCACAUUUUGGUAUCGACUUCUCAUCAUUGCAAAAGACGGAAAUGACUACUGCUGAAAGAGAACUUGACCAAAAUAUUAAUUAUGAUUGGAAUCGUAUUCAAGAAACUGGUCAAGAUGUUGAACCACUUUUUGGACCUGGUUAUACUGGACUAGUCAAUUUGGGUAAUAGUUGCUACUUGGCCGCAACAAUGCAGGUUGUGUUCUCAAUGCGUCCCUUCUGUUCACGGUACUAUGUGGAGCAAAGUCUCAAAGCAGCUUUCAGUGUGGCUCCUGCUGAUCCUACUGUAGACCUUAACAUGCAGCUAACAAAGUUAGCUCAUGGCUUGCUUUCUGGAAAAUAUUCUGUUCCUGUUCUGGAGGAUGAUGACAAGUCAAGUGCUCCAAGUUCACUGAAACAGGAGGGAAUCCGUCCCCGCAUGUUCAAGUCAGUUAUUGCUGCUAGCCACCCUGAAUUUUCUACUAUGAGACAACAGGAUGCAUUAGAGUUUUUCCUACAUUUCAUUGAUCAAGUUGAUCGGAUGAACAUCGGGAACCCUAAUUUUGAUCCUUCAAGGAGCUUCAAGUUUGGAAUUGAAGAACGCCUCCAAUGUCCCUCAGGAAAAGUGGCCUACAACGGGAGGAAAGAUUAUAUUCUUUCUCUUAAUAUUCCUUUAGAAAAGGCGGUAAACAAAAGAGAGCUAGCAGACUUUCAAAAGUUAAAGGCUGAGAGAGCUGCAGAAGGAAAGGAAGUGUCUUCAGAUGAAAUUGUCCGCCCAAGGGUUCCAUUAAAGGAUUGCCUGGAUUGUUUUUCAGCUCCUGAGGAGGUGCAUGAUUUUUACAGCACGGCUUUAAAGGCUAGGACAACUGCUAUCAAAACUGCAGGUUUGACUUCCUUUCCUGAUUAUCUGGUCUUGCACAUGCGAAAAUUCGUCAUGGAGGAAGGCUGGGUGCCAAAGAAACUUGAUGUCUAUGUAGAUGUCCCUGACAUCAUUGACAUAAGUAAUAUGCGCAGUAAUGGUCUUCAACCCAGGGAAGAGCUAUUACCUGAGACUGCUGCUGGAGAUGGUGAGGAAUCUCCGAAGCUUUUGGCUGAUGAGGUUAUUGUUGCACAACUUGUUUCAAUGGGGUUUAAUUAUCUGCAUUGUCAGAAGGCUGCAAUCAAUACUUCCAACUGUGGAGUUGAGGAAGCAAUGAACUGGUUGCUUGCUCACAUGAAUGAUCCAGAUAUUGAUUCUCCAAUAUCCCAAGAUGUACAAACUCCACAUAUUGAUCGAUCAAAAAUUGAUACACUGGUUUCCUUUGGUUUUGAAGAGGAACUUGCUUGUAGGGCGCUGAAGGCAUCAGGUGGUAAUGUUGAGCAAGCAGCUGAAUGGAUAUUCAGCAAUCCUAGUGCUUCUGCUGCAUCAGAUAUGGAUGUUACAACUAGUGGUGGAGCUGCGGUUGAUACCUUGCUGCCUGAUGGAGGAGGAAGAUACAGGCUCCUUGGAUUGGUGAGCCACAUAGGUACCUCUACCCAUUGUGGCCAUUAUGUAGCUCAUAUUCUCAAGGAUGGUAGGUGGGUGAUUUUUAAUGAUGAAAAGGUUGGGAUUUCGAAAAAUCCGCCUCUCGACAUGGGAUACUUGUACUUCUUUGAAAGACUGGAGAGUUAAAGAUGGAGAUCAGGACAGGUUAGAUGAAGUUAAAAUACAGGGCGGAGGACCAGGUAACUUGGUGGAAUUGUUGCCAGCAGGUUGAAUAUAUACAACAGUUUGCGCACAUAUGCUGAUCAUGCAUCAUUUUAGUGAAUCACAUCCCAUUAGCUGAACUUUGAUCAUUCGCUGGAUUUUAAAGUAUUAUCCUUCCAUAUUUGUGGAAAAUUUUGAAUUUUGAUUUUAUUCUGGUUCAUAUAAUUCUGUUCUAUGCUUUUUUACUUUA